AUGUCAAUAGUCCAUUCAUCCGUCCAUGCCAAAUGGGUUGUGGGGAAGGUGAUUGGUACAGCAAUGGUAAAAACUGCUAAAGUAAGAGCGACCAGACUUGUGUUGGAUCCCUACUUACUGAAGUACUUUAAUAAGCGGAAAACCUACUUUGCUCACGAUGCCCUUCAGCAGUGCAGUGUCGGGGACAUCGUGCUCCUCAGAGCUUUGCCGGUCCCACGAUCAAAGCAUGUGAAACACGAACUGGCUGAGAUCAUCUUCAAAGUCGGCCGAGUUAUCGACCCAGUCACAGGAAAGCCCUGUGCAGGAACCGCCUAGCUAGAGA